CGAUCCCACAAAGCGAUUUCGUAUAUCCAAUCUGCCAAAUACCGGUCCCAAUAUCCGGUUUACCAUCCGGUUCAAAACGCUGUUAUUAUAACUUUGGUUUUAUCCCCUUCCAGUUCGAGAUAAGGCACUGUUACCUUCUCCUCCUCCAUUGCCACGCCUCUCUCUCUCUCUCUCUCUCUCUCUCUCUCUCUCUCUCUCUCUCACCAUGCUUUCUCUCACAGCAAACACACUCAAAUCCUCCAUAUUCACGCCCUUAACCCCAUCCAAGUCCCAUGGAUCAUUCUCCAAUCCGAUUACCCGAUCCGUUAACCCGAGACCCAUCACCGUCACCUCUGUCCUGAUACCGUCCUCCGACAAACUAUCUCCGGUGAAGCCAAAUCUCUACCAACCCUUCCGUCCUCCUCCGUCGCCGGUCCCCUCUCAGUUCCGAACCCUUGACGCCGCCGGAAAAAUCGAGGUCCUCGCCGGUCGAAUGGGUCUCUGGUUCGAGUACGCGCCUCUCAUUUCCUCCCUUUACACGGAGGGAUUUACUCCUCCGACAAUCGAGGAGCUCACCGGAAUCUCCGGCGUCGAGCAGAACCGCCUCAUCGUGGGAGCCCAGGUCCGCGACUCAAUGGUCGAGACCAAAGCGGAUCCCGACGUAAUCGCCGCUUUCGACACCGGAGGCGCCGAGCUUCUCUACGAGAUCCGCCUCCUCAACGCCACGCAACGUGUCGCCGCGGCUAAGUACAUCGUCGGACUUGGAUUCGACGCGAAGAAGGCGCAGGAUUUGGCUCGAGCCAUCAAGGAUUACCCGAGGAGGAGAGGGGACAAAGGAUUGCAAUCGUUCGAUUACAACUUACCUGGGGACUGUCUCUCCUUCAUGUAUUAUAGACAGAGCAGAGAGUACAGGAACCCAUCGGAGCAGCGAACCGCCAUGUUAGAGCAAGCGUUGGAGGUCGCGGAAUCAGACAAGGCUAAGAACGAGGUGGUAAGAGAGCUACAAGGUGGAAAAGGCGGAGGGGGAGGAAGCAAGGAGGAUGAAACCGAACCCAACUGGGUUCGUGUCCCGGUGGUGAGACUGCGGUUCGGGGAGCUAGCGGAGGCAACGUCAGUGGCGGUCCUACCGGUUUGCAAGGCCGAGGAAGGGAGAGAGAAGGUUGUGGAAGCUCCAAUGGAGUCCAAACCAGGAGGGCAAUUCGGCAUUGUGGAGGCCGAGAAGGAGUGGAGUAGAUGGAUGGUAUUGCCAGGGUGGGAGCUAGUGACAGCUAUAACAAAGGGUGGGGUGGCGGUGGCAUUUAGGGACGAUAGAAAGGUAUUGCCAUGGAGGGCAAAGGAGGAAGCUUUGGUGGCGGUGGUGGAUCGGGAGAGGAAGACGGUCGAGGCUGAAGACGGGUUCUAUCUGGUGGCUGUCGGAGGAGACGGGGAAGGUCUGAAGGUGGAGAGAGGGUCGGCUCUGAAGGCGAGAGGAGCCGAGGAAGAGAGUUUAGGACUGGUUGUUCUGAUAGUCCGGCCACCGCGAGAAGAGGAUCAGCUGCGUGAUGAAGACUGGGACUGAAAACACGAAGAGAUUAGCAACAUCUCGUUACAAAAGAAUCAAAAUUCAGUAUCUUGCAUUGUUGUUUUCAACGUUUCAUAUUAUCCUUAAAAGACUAAUCGUGUAAAAUUUUGGUAAAGGUGGAGACUUUUUUGUUUUUC